UUGUCUUCGGGAGCACUGAUUGGUUCAGAUUUUAGUCGCAUCUAAAUUGCGUCAAGCUCCGUUGCUUCAACACGUUUUACAUUGGCCGAUAGUCGUCCACUUCUUGAGGUAAUCAUGGCGAAGAAUAAACAAAAAGGCAAAAAGCAGCAGAAUGUUUUCCGAGUGGCCAACAAACAGACAAAACAAAAGAAUAAGGCAAAACCUGUCACUUCAACUCUCAAACACAUCAAUAAAGUGAAGAAUGAGAAGGUGGAGAACCUGAAUAAAAUAUUUACAGAGGUCCAACAGGAUGUCAGAAGUGUAUCAAAAUGCACUGCUCCGGUGCCCAGAAAGCCAACACCGGUUGUCCGUGAAGCCCCGAAAGAGUCUGCGAAUGUGGACGGCGCUGCCCAGCUGUUCUCUCAGCUAUAGUGCGGAAUGGCUGCAUGAAAUGAAAUCUAGUUACAAUUCUAACAUUCCACACUGCCCCAUUCACAUAAGGGGCAUCAUCUCCAAUUUGUGUAGAAUGUAAUAUGACUAUCAUAUGAUGACAAUAUGUAAAUAUGGUGAUAUUAAAAAUAAAAGUGUGCAGAUAUUCGAAGAAUGUAAAGGAUGAAUUUGUGAGAAGUUGACACAUGCUGUAAAAUGAUAGAUUCCCUGUUGGAUACUUCUGUCGAAUAUAAUGAUCAACAACC